CUCAGACAGGGUAGGCGGGAUGACUUUCAUGUAAUGUGUUGUGUCUCCUUCUCUCUCUCUCUCUCUCUCUCUUUAUUCAUAUCUUUACAUUUACACAACUGACAAUAUCUCAACCAUUUCUACAUUCUUAUUUAAUUCAAGAUUUUAGAAUAGUCAAUCCUUUCGGUUUCCUUCUCUCACUUGGGCUUUUCCUAUUAUUUCUCCAUUUUUCUAUUCAAUCUCAGUCAAAAAUUCCAUUCUCUCGCCACAUUUCCAUUGCUGCCAAAACUAAACGCGUUCACUUCUCCAAAAGAUUUCUUCUUUAUUACUUCUUCUAUCUUCCAUCUGCUGCUUCCCACUGUUUAAUCUCCCAAUUCUUCUUCUUCUUCUUAAUCCCAAGAUCAGGUAUGUUGUUGUUGGACAACUGGGUUCUCUAAUUAUCAUUCUCUUUUUUAAGUUUUGGAUUGGACCCAUGAGUUCUGCUAUAGAGGUGAAAUCGUUGUCAUUUUUGAACGUUGAUUUUGAUUAGGGAAUUGUUUGAGCUCAAAGGCAUUUUCAAGAACCAUGGGAGGGGUUUGUUCAAGAGGGACGAAAGGAAAGAACACUAAAGUUGCUCAGCAAAGUUCUGGUUUUUCUGGGAAGCUGAACUCGAUUAAGAGCUUUAGCAAGCAUAAAGAGAAUUCUCAGUCAUAUGCUAAUAACGACGAUGAUAAUUUUGGCAAGACUACCGCUCCCCAGAGGUAUAAUUCCGGUGAGCUGUUCUUGAAUUUCUCAAGAGAACUUAAGCCGUCAACGCCUGCUAGGGGAGGUGCUGCUAAGGAUUGCCAGAAGAGUUCAUUUAUAGGAAAAGCUGGCGCUGUGAGCCUGGAGAAAGCAGUUGAAGUUUUAGACACUCUCGGAAGUAGCAUGUCAAAUCUGAAUGCCCGGAGUGGCUUCAUCUCUGGCAUGGCUUCUAGAGGGAACAGAAUAACAAUACUGUCAUUCGAAGUAGCUAACACAAUAGCCAAAGGUGCAAACUUGUUUCAAUCACUGUCAGAAGAAAAUGUUCAGUUCCUGAAAAAAGAGAUAUUACAUUCAGAAGGGGUUCAAAAAUUGGUUUCCACAGAUAUGCAAGAGUUGCUAAUUCUUGCUGCUAUGGACAAAAGAGAGGAAUUUGAUGUAUUUACUCGUGAAGUAAUUCGGUUUGGAGAUCUAUGUAAAGACCCACAAUGGCACAACCUGGGUCGAUAUUUUACAAAAUUAGAUUCAGAUUAUUCCAAUGAUAAACAAUCUAGAUCAGAGGCAGAAACCAUAAUGCAAGAGUUGAAUUCUCUGGCCCAACAUACCUCUGAACUGUAUCAUGAAUGGCAUGCUUUGGACAGAUUUGUACAAGAUUACCAGCAGAAGCUUGAAGAAGUGGAGUCCUUACAUCUCCCCAGAAAAGGAGAGAGUAUCACGAUUUUACAAAGUGAGCUAAAACAACAAAAAAAGCUUGUAAGGAGCUUGCAAAAGAAAUCACUGUGGUCUAUGACUUUGGAGGAGAUUAUGGAGAAGCUUGUUGAUAUAGUUACCUAUUUACACCAAGCUAUCUUAGAAGCAUUUGGAAACAAUGGUGUUAGACUGGCUAGCGAGGAGCCUGACAAGAAUCCUCAAAGGCUAGGUGCAGCUGGUCUCGCACUGCACUACGCUAACGUUAUCAACCAGAUUGAUAAUAUUACAUCUCGCCCUACCUCCCUUCCUCCUAAUACAAGGGACAAUUUAUAUCAUGGUUUGCCCAUCAGUGUUAAGACAGCUCUACGAUCCCGAUUACAGAUGGUUGACACUAAGGAAGAGCUCACAGUAGCUCAGGUGAAAGCUGAAAUGGAAAAGACCCUGCAGUGGCUUGUACCCAUCUCCACCAACACAAACAAAGCACAUCAAGGUUUUGGGUGGGUUGGAGAAUGGGCAAAUACCGGAAAUGAAUUUGGCAAGAACUCAACUGCACAACAUAACUUGAUCCGACUCCAGACACUUUACCAUGCUGAUAAGCAGAAGACAGACUCCUACAUUCUCGAAUUGGUGAUAUGGCUUCAUCGUUUGAUAAACUUAGUAAGACAUAGAGAUCAUGCUUUCAAAGCUAUGCCCUUUCGAUCUCCUACUCAAAAGGGACCUGCUUUCCACGCCAAGAUGCAACGAAUUUUAUCCCUCAACUACGAUACUACAACGUGCAGCAUUCAACUUUCUGAAGAAGACAGAGAUCUAUUAGACAAGGUGUGCUGGAGGAGAUUGGUUCCAGCAAUAAGCAAGAGUCAGGAAUUUCCCAUAGCUAACAAAAAAGGAAAAGCGUUGAAACCAAGCAGGAGCACCGGAAGUUCUCCGGUAAGAGAGAUUGGUGCAAGAAAAAAGUUACAGCACUCGAACAAAUUGGACGUUAUGGAUGGCUUGCAUUCCAUAACAUUAUGAAUUAAUUAUAGUAGCCAGGCAUUUGGGUUCCAUUGGGAAGUUAUUUUUCAUGUAUAUUCAUUCGUUAAAGUCUUAUGCUAUAGUAUAUAACCACUGCGUUGUGAUGAUUAGUAUUAGGCCACCAUAUAAAAUGACAUAGUUAUCAAGUUUUUGGCAGUAUCAAUCUCGAUCCUUUGGCCGAGUA